CAUCUGUGCGACAGCGUGGUAGUAUCGCGUCGUCGAACCUCAAGAUGCAGCGCACCCAGACAGGAAGCUCGGUCAAUAGACUGAGAUCGAAUUCUAACCUUACAUCGGGCAGCAUGUUGGAUGAAGAAGAAGUAGUGCAUCCCGUGGAGCCUCGGGCACGCACGGCCAUGCUACCUCCAGUGCUGGUAAGUACCUCUUGUCUGAAACCUCAACAUCAAAAUUCUAAUCGCCAUUACCCGUAGGCAAAAUCCGUCCAUGAGCACCCACUGUGCUGGCUAGGCUUCGAAGAGGACUGCAUCCUAACAUCAUGUAAAAACGGUGAGUGGCAUCAGCAAAGUUUUCGUCUAAAUCACCUCAUAUCCACCCGUUACGCGCACGUUGUACCUUAGAACGAUGUGAUCUGCGAUAAGGGCGGCUUUUACUGCGCCGCUGUGGCCGUGCGCAGGAACACCCGUCUUGUCUAGUGCCACCCAGGGAUCCGCCCACGCAUUUGUUGAGUUCUCGAUGGGCAAAAAAUGAGAGAUAAGGAAGUGGACCGCUGACAGUUUGAAUUGCAGGCCACAUCAGGACUUGGGACCGACCGAAAGAAGGCGCUGGGAAUGACGACAGCAGUACGUCUGCGAGCGCAAACGGAAACCAUGCUUAGGACGAGGUAUUCGGAUCAGCGUAAGACGUCGUCGCACGAUUGAGUUGGAC